UGCAAGAUGGCGGAGCUGGAGAGUUCCCUAACUGCUAUGGACUGGCUCCACCGCCUGCGUGUGGGUGGGGCGAUGGGAGGGGCAGGUUUAGGGGGGCCCAACGGUGCCCUCGACCCCCUAUCCAAAGCCUCAGGUGGACAACUGGCCAUGAGAAAGGGCCCAAAUUCACCCUUGGAUACGAAUGCAACGUACGAUAAUCAAGGACAUCAGAUACAAAAAGAUGGGAAACCACCUUACAGCUAUGCCAAUUUGAUCACAUUCGCAAUCAACAGUUCAACUAAAAAGAAAAUGACACUAAGCGAGAUAUAUCAGUGGAUUUGUGAUAAUUUUCCUUAUUACAAAGAUGCAGGGAAUGGGUGGAAGAAUUCCAUACGACACAAUCUGUCGUUAAACAAGUGCUUCCUUAAAGUUCCAAGGUCGAAAGAUGAUCCGGGAAAGGGAUCAUACUGGGCAAUAGACAGCAACCCCCCAGAAGACCCGCUCCCUGCCAGACACAAGAAGAGGCCGAGACUGAACGAUCGGGCAUCACCGUACAGUCCGGAGCCAGGGCUUGGUGUACCGAAGAUGCCAUCACAGACGCUGACAGCCGUCAAUGUACAAGUGUCACCUCCUUCACCUCAAGAUCAAAGUAACUGCAAUUUCUCUGAAAGUAACGGAAAUCCAGAUGACAUGAACGCAUCAUCCAAUCUUGUUAAUCUCUACAAGUCUGUGUUUGAAAACUCUACAGGUAAUCUGAAUGCCCUCCUCAAUGGAAACAUUUCUCAGAGCCAGAGUGGGACAGGCAUUCCAAGUUUGAAUUGUUCUACAAGUGAGUGGCUUCAGAACCUUGACUCCCUGAAAGAGAGCAUGCGAUUGGCUGGAGCGGGGAAUGACCUCAAUAAUAUCGACAUGACCCAGUUUCAAGCAGGCCUGAUGGAAACUAUGAAACAGGAGGACCCGGCAAACUGGUCGCUAAAACCGGAACAAUUUGCUGAUUUAGCAUCUUCUCUCAACAAUUUCUUCAAUCAAUCACUGCUGCAGAGUCAAAACCAGUCAAGUAGUACCAGCGGAAUAUCAGGUCCCGGGAAUGGUUUCUGUAACAGCAGUAACUCGAUGAGCAGCACACAGCUGAACGUGGCCGAAGGAGGGCCCCCAUCAAAUGCUUCUGAGAGCUACUCAUCUUGUCAGACCGUAGUUUCACUGCCGUCCGGAACACCAUAUCACCAUUCGGACGACAUCGACGACGACUUCAACUGGGACAAGCUUCUGUAGUCGCGUUGCCAUGACAUCACAUCACCUCAUCCAAUCAGAAGCCUCAUUGAAGACCAUGUGACAGUUCACAUGAGAUGCUGCUCACAGAGUUAUCCCAUUUGUUGAUAUUCAUAUAUACUGCUUAUACAAGGGGAGAAGGGUUGGAUAUAGGAGUGGUUGAGUUGUGGUAGGACGAUAUGGUGCAAUGUGCUUUGUAAAUAUUCUGUUGAUUGUAAAUAACUUACAUACAUGUAUCUAUAUUUAGUUGUUAUUGUCUACUGUGAGCCCAGUAAAGAAAUUUUAUAUCUGUUGUGAAGCAUCUUCUAGUUUGGCCUGUAGCAUUAUGAGUAUAUUUUCAAGAAAGUAGUAUUUUAGUUGGCUGUUUUGAAAUGAGAAGUUUGUAAAUUUUGGUAAGGGAAUCAAAACCCAUCAUUAUACUAAUGUUCAAUUCUGACCUUAUUUUUGGAAACAAAAAAUGUAAAAGUUUUAUAUUCUACAGAGUUACAACC